AAACGUCUCGAGGUGUUGGGGUCCGGGCUCUCGUGUCUGCCGGCAAGCUGACUGAAACUGGAACCCUCUUACGUUGCUGUGAUGGGAGUGAGAGGUCACAGGAAAUCAUGUAAAUAAAAGAAGUACUAUGGAACCUCCGCAGCCCUGUAGGUCUGGAAGGCUUAAGUCCAAGGCUUUUUCCAUUCCAAAUGAUUUGCUGGCUUAAGCGUUUGAUUAGGAUGGCUUUUGAACAAGUUGGAUUAAACAUGGAAUCAGUACUCUGGUCAAGCAAGCCUUAUGGUUCAUCUCGAAGUAUUGUAAGAAAAAUUGGUACUAACCUCUCUCUUAUACAGUGUCCAAGAGUUCAGUUUCAGCUUACUUCUUAUGGGACAGAAGGAAACACCCCAAACCAUCUUAGGGAUGAUGCAGUGGCCUCCUUUGCAGAUGUGGGAUGGGUUGCUGAAGAAGAAGGUGAAGUCUGUACAAGGCUCAGGUCAGAAGUUUGGGCAAAAACAACCCAGCCUCUUUCAAGUGAACAGCCUCAUUCAGGAAAGCCCCCACAAAGACAGAUGUCCUUACAAAGCCCAUUGGAAGAAUCAGUGUCCAGGAGCACAAUGAUGGCAAAUGAGGAAGCCCUGCAAAAGAUCAAUGCUCUGGAAAAUGAACUGGCCACUUUAAGAGCACAAAUAGCCAAAAUUGUAAUCUUGCAAGAACAACAGAGCCUGACACCAGUUGGGUCAAGUCCAGUUGCUCCAGCUGCUGUACCUGUUCCACCUCCCCCACCACCACCUCCUCCUCCUCCUCUGCCACCACCACCACCCCCAGGUCUACAACGAAGUAUGUCUGCAAUUGAGCUCAUUAAAGAAAGGAAAAACAAAAAAAUGAACUCUGGGCAGAAUCUGUCAGAAAAUGGGCCAAAGAAGAAGUCUGAAAUACCAAACAUGCUAGAAAUCCUCAAAGACAUGAACAGCGUGAAGUUACGCUCAGUGAAAAGAUCACCAGAAGGUAGGAAAUCCAAAGUGGCUGACCCUGCAGAUCCUGCAGCAUUAAUAGCAGAAGCUCUCAAAAAGAAAUUCGCUUAUCGGUACCGAAGUGAUAGCCAAAGUGAAGGAGAAAAAGUUACUCCAAAGGCUGAAACAAAGACAAAGACUGAAGUAGUGCUGUUCGGACCGCACAUGCUGAAGUCUACGGGAAAAAUGAAGAGUUUAGUUGAAAAAUCUUAAUGUAUGAAGAUGACUACAGAAAAGACUGUUCAGCUGUUUUGCUUGAAGUCUUUUAUGUUGCAAAUAGCACUAGUACUUGAGUGGUCUCUUAAAAAAGACAGGAAAAGUCUAAUGUGAAGUGUAGAAUUGAGGCACUAAACAUGUUUAUAUGUGGUUUAUCAAGGGAAAUAAAUUUGACCAUUAUACUCAGGUAUUAAUUCUGUAUUCAAACCUGGCUGUCUGCUCAGACUUAUGUGGUGGUUUUAGUUUAUCAACACCAAGUUAUAUGUACAACAUUCUUUGUGCAUAACUGACCACCUCAAUUUUGUGUUAAUAAAGAGAGCGAUACAUUCUUAAGUUAAUAAGGAUGCUCUAAUACAUAGAGCUCUAACUAUAACUUGCACUACAAUGUUUGGUUUGAUACUGAAUUUUUCAUGUCAAAGUCUUUUUCUUAAUUUCAGCAACAUUUAGCUCAAAGAAAACCUGAAUGCUUUCUGCUUCCUACUUAAAGUGAAAACCUAUAACGUGUUGCAGAGGUCAGCUGGUAGGAGACAUUGUAACUAACAGCACAUUUUUGUGCAGGAUUUCUUGUGUGGGUUUUGGUUUUUCUUCUUGUUCCAAAUGAGCUUGCAAGGGUAAGAGCACCAAACCAUCCUGUGGCCAAGAUAAAGAGUGCAUGACGAGUGAGUUAAAUCAUGCUGUGAGAGCCUUGGUGAAUAGGUAGACAAAUGAAUUUGAAAUAACCAGUAGAUAGCAGCAGAGUAAAAUAAUUCAUGCAAGAGCGUGUGUUAACUAGUAUAGGAGUGGUGUAGAUAAGAAAAAAAUGUACAAAUUACUGUUGGGUGCAAGUUGCCAAAAGUACAUUGCUCAUCUCAGCUGUGCUGAGAUGCUCACGGAAACCUUUGUAUCCCCAGCUGUCUCAGGUCCCCAGAUGGGUUACCAGCAGCUGGGGACUGCACAAACCCUCACAGUCCUGUUUGCAAGGAGGAGACAGCACAAGCUGUUGCACACAACCUGUUCUCCAGGGGAAUGGGGUCAGCCCCAUAGCAGCUCUUUGCUGCCAAGACCUGAACAGAGCUCGUUCAUUAACCAGCCAGCAGAGCUCAGGUCUCCAGUCACAGAUGCAGGAAAGGCUCAAGCUAAAAAUAAAAAUUUCAGGCUGAAUAAAAAAAGCUCUGUAGGAAUUGGAGAACCACAAAUAAAGCUAAGGGUUGAUCUGGCUGUAGAUGAGUGUUAAAAAAAAAAUAAAAAAUUGAGUCUGGGUAUUUCAGUGUUCUAAGUUGGUCUGGCUGCUGGAACAAGUACAAGUGCCUCUUCGAGCUUCUCUUUUCUAGGAAAAGAAAAAAGCAGCACUUCUUAAAUGAAGAGAGGUGAAUGGCUCUGACCAGGUUACUGAAGAUGACUGAAGUUUUGCUGCUUAUAAUUGGAACAUAGAUUGUAUGAUCAAGGAGGAUCUUUUCUGGUGCAAAGCUUCAAAUGGAGUUCAUACGUACACAACGUAACUUCCUUCCAAAAUGCUCUGCUGUGUCUUACUGAUAAGGCCAUUAAAGCUUAGUGUUCUUUUAAAUGCCUUUAAAACACCUUUUUAAAAGUUAAUUUUGGUUUCAGGUUUUGUAUUUAAUGCUUUAUUGCCACUAUAUAUAAAAUUAAAAGCAGUUAAAAUAAA